UAUUUAAAUUAAUCAUAUUUAAUACAGAAGUUGAAUAAGCUAAAAUAAAAUAUAAAAUAAAAGUAAAGUAAGAGAGAAUGAAUAAAAAUUAAAGGAAACUUUUUACGAACGGGCUUCUGAACAACAAUAGCUAUCUUGGUUCAUAUAACAUAGGAUUCACCCCCAUUGCGUAUUGGUACUUAUCGGAUAUAGAAUAGAUCCGCUUCCCUUUUUUCCUAUGAAUCGAAUUGUUCCAUUAUUACUAACAGAAUAGAACAAAUAUUAAUCCUUUCUCCGAAAUAAUUACCUAAAAAGGGGGGGUCCGUAACAUAGUUUUUUCCAAUGCAAUAAAGUUACAUAGUGUCUAUUUUUCAUUGAUAAAGGGGUAUUUCCAUGGGUUUGCCUUGGUAUCGUGUUCAUACUGUUGUAUUGAAUGAUCCCGGUCGUUUGCUUUCGGUUCAUAUAAUGCAUACUGCUCUGGUUGCUGGUUGGGCCGGUUCCAUGGCUCUAUAUGAAUUAGCUGUUUUUGAUCCCUCCGACCCUGUUCUUGAUCCAAUGUGGAGACAAGGUAUGUUCGUUAUACCUUUCAUGACUCGUUUAGGAAUAACCAAUUCAUGGGGCGGUUGGAAUAUUACAGGAGGGACUAUAACGAAUCCGGGUCUUUGGAGUUACGAAGGGGUAGCCGCAGCACAUAUCGUGUUUUCUGGCUUGUGCUUCUUGGCAGCUAUUUGGCAUUGGGUAUAUUGGGAUCUAGAAAUUUUUUGUGAUGAACGUACAGGAAAACCUUCUUUGGAUUUGCCCAAGAUUUUUGGAAUUCAUUUAUUUCUUUCAGGAGUGGCUUGCUUUGGUUUUGGCGCAUUUCAUGUAACAGGAUUAUAUGGUCCUGGAAUAUGGGUAUCCGACCCUUAUGGACUAACCGGAAAGGUCCAACCCGUAAAUCCGGCGUGGGGCGUGGAGGGUUUUGACCCUUUUGUUCCGGGAGGAAUAGCCUCUCAUCAUAUUGCAGCAGGGACGUUGGGUAUAUUAGCGGGCUUAUUCCAUCUUAGUGUUCGUCCGCCUCAACGUCUAUACAAAGGAUUACGUAUGGGAAAUAUUGAAACCGUCCUUUCCAGUAGUAUUGCUGCUGUCUUUUUUGCAGCUUUUAUUGUUGCUGGAACUAUGUGGUAUGGUUCUGCAACUACUCCCAUCGAAUUAUUUGGUCCUACUCGUUAUCAAUGGGAUCAGGGAUACUUUCAACAAGAAAUAUAUCGAAGAGUUAGUGCCGGACUAGCUGAAAAUCAAAGUGUAUCAGAAGCUUGGUCUAAAAUUCCUGAAAAAUUAGCUUUUUAUGAUUAUAUUGGUAAUAAUCCAGCAAAAGGGGGAUUAUUCCGAGCGGGUUCAAUGGACAAUGGGGAUGGAAUAGCUGUUGGAUGGUUAGGACACCCCGUCUUUAGAAAUAAAGAAGGGCGUGAACUUUUUGUACGCCGUAUGCCUACUUUUUUUGAAACAUUUCCGGUUGUUUUGGUAGACGGAGACGGAAUUGUUAGAGCCGACGUCCCGUUUAGAAGGGCAGAAUCUAAAUAUAGUGUCGAACAAGUAGGUGUAACUGUUGAGUUUUAUGGUGGUGAACUCAAUGGAGUAAGUUAUAGUGAUCCCGCAACUGUGAAAAAAUAUGCUAGACGGGCUCAAUUGGGUGAGAUUUUUGAAUUAGAUCGUGCUACUUUGAAAUCCGAUGGUGUUUUUCGUAGCAGUCCAAGAGGUUGGUUUACUUUUGGGCAUGCUUCGUUUGCUCUACUUUUCUUCUUUGGACACAUUUGGCAUGGUUCUAGAACCCUCUUCAGAGAUGUUUUUGCUGGUAUUGAUCCAGAUUUGGAUGCUCAGGUGGAAUUUGGGGCAUUCCAAAAACUUGGAGAUCCAACUACAAAAAGACAAGCAGUCUGAUGCAACAUUGCUUUUUUCUUUUAGUUUCUGUUUGCGAUUUUUUUGAUUUCAUUUAAUAGGUAGGGUACUGUAGGAAUCUUGAUUUAAAUCGCUGCCGUUUCUUUGACUCUUUUUUGUUCUUUAUCCGGAGGUAUACUCCUUCAGUAAACAUAAACAAAACAGGUAUGAAAGCUAUAAUUGUAAACCACGAUCAAAUUUAUGGAAGCAUUGGUUUAUACAUUUCUCUUAGUAUCGACUUUAGGGAUCAUUUUUUUCGCUAUUUUUUUUCGGGAACCGCCUACAAUUUCAACUAAAAAAUGAAAUAAUUUUUCAUUCUCUUCAUUGACGUAAUCAGCCUCCAACUAUUUGGAGGCUGAUUACGUCAACUAGUCCCCGUGUUCCUCGAAUGGAUCUCUUAGUUGUUGAGAGGGUUGCCCAAAGGCAGUAUAUAGAGCAUACCCAGUAAAACUUACAAGUAACCCAGAUAUAAAGAUGGCGACUAGAGUUGCUGUUUCCAUUAUUAUAUAAUUGAAAGACCACAAUGGAUCUAUGCUAAGAUCGUUUAUUUACAACGGAAUGGUAUACAAAGUCAACAGAUCGUAAUGAAUACAAAAUAAGAUUU